GCUGGCUGGUGCAGUGCCCUGUCUGCCCCCUGGUUGUUCUUGGCUGGUUGUCUCGCGCGCUGGCCUGGCCCCAGCCGCAUCGGGCUUUUGCUUCUUGCCAGCCAGAUCUGCCAUCCAGCAUCCAAGCCGUGCACGCCGUCGACAUGAGCACCUGCCAGAUUACCCCCGAGGUCCUCGAUGCCUUAAAGCAAUUUCGCUUCAGAAAGUCCAAGAGCAACGCUGCCCUCGUGUUCAGGAUCGAUGUCAAGAGCCUGGCCGUUAUCCUCGAUGGGCUCCACGAAAACAUCAAACUAGAGGAUCUCUCUGAGGAGCUGCCCGAGAACACCCCGCGCUUCAUGGUGCUGUCGUAUGAGCUCAAGUUGGAGGACGACCGUGUCAGCUAUCCUCUCGUCGGCAUCUUUUACUGCCCCGAAGGCUCGAAUGACACCAACCGGAUGCUCUAUGCGUCUACGGAAGCUCAGCUCUUCCAACAGGCGAGCAUCAGCGGCAAGGUCCUGGAGCUGCACGACGCCGAGGACCUCACCGACGAGUGGCUGACCCAGCUGCUGAUUGCCUCCAAGACCCGCAAGUAGAGCUGCAGCGGGAAGGCGGCCCGGCCAGCGGGCCUGCGAUUGCAUCCUCGAUCCGCAAGCACUGGCUCGCUGCAUCAGCCCUGGCCCAGUCCGGCCCAGCCGGAGCCCCGGGCGAAUGAGUCGCUCGCGGGGCCGUGUGCGACGUGGGAGUGAUGUGGCCAACCAGAUCGCCCGCCAAUGGGCCUCCAACAAUGACUCACCGCCCAGGCCUGCCCUGACACAGAACCGACACAGGCGCAUUUUUUUCUCAUAAAUGCGUCGUCGCCUGCUCGUCCCGAA